AGGGGUGGGACGGCGAGCAGCCAAUGAGCUCUGAGAAUGUUUCUCGGAGGCGAAGCCGCCGCGGCCCCUCCCCCGUCGGCCGCUCGGCUGGGCGCUCUCCGGGCGGGAGAGUUUCGCACCCGGGUGGGAGAUGCCGCACGGACUCCUUCUCCUCACAGAUUUGCAACCAACAUAAUGCUGAAGCUCCCAACUUGGAACAAGCACUUCACAGAAUGGCACAAACAGAACCUAAUUUGGACCAUGACAUAUCGUGGUUGCUCCUCCCAUCAUACUGGGCUAAAAUGGUUGUGGCGUUAAUUUCCUUCCUCUGUUUUGCAAACAGCUAUGAUGGAGACUUUGUCUUUGAUGAUUCUGAAGCCAUCAUCAAUAAUAAGGAUCUCAGGGCAGAAACCCCACUUGGUGACCUGUGGCAUCAUGACUUUUGGGGUAGCAAACUCAGCAGCAAUACCAGUCAUAAAUCAUAUCGACCACUAACUGUCCUAACUUUCAGAAUUAAUUACCUUUUUGCUGGAGGCUUCUACCCAAUUGGUUUCCAUGUCAUCAAUAUAAUACUGCAUUGUACUAUCUCAGUGCUGAUGGUUGAUGUGUUCUCGAUUUUAUUGGGUGGACUGCAAUUCACUAGUAAAGGAAGAAGGCUAAACCUGGCUCCAAAGACAUCUCUUCUAGCUGCUUUGCUGUUUGCUGCACAUCCAGUGCACACCGAAUGUGUUGCUGGGAUUGUUGGCAGAGCGGACCUACUGUGUGCCCUGUUCUUUUUGUUGUCAUUCCUUGGCUACUGUAAAGCAUUUAAAGAAAAUAAGGAAGGACAUAAUUUUUCUGUAUUCUGGGUUCUGGUGAGUGUUAUCCUAGGUGCAAUAGCCAUGCUGUGCAAAGAACAAGGAAUUACCAUACUGGGUUUGAAUGCAGUGUUUGAUGCACUGGUGAUCAACAAGCUAAAUCUUUUGGAGCUUAUUCAAAAGUUACUACAUAAGGACAAGUCAUUGGAGGUAAUAGUAAUCAGCAUGCCAGCUCCUAUGGAGGACAUAGAACUGAUCAUGUAUAACUAUCAGAACACUGGUCUGUUAAGAAAGGGGCUGCUUUUAAGGAUAACUCUUCUGAUGUCUGGAGGGGCCAGUAUACUUUAUAUACGCUGGAGGAUUAUGGGCACAGGGCCACCGGCUUUCACUGAAGUAGACAACCCAGCUUCAUUUGCAGACAGUCUGUUUGUGAGAGCUAUAAACUAUAAUUACUACUAUUCGCUGAAUGCAUGGUUGCUGUUGUGUCCCUGGUGGCUGUGUUUUGAUUGGUCAAUGGGUUGCAUACCCCUCAUUAAAUCCGUCAGUGACUGGAGGAUAAUUGCACUAGCAGCACUUUGGUUCUGCCUAAUUGGUCUGAUAUGCCAAGCUCUGUGCUCAGAAGACAGCCAUAAGAGAAGAAUUCUUACACUGGGACUUGGAUUUCUUAUUAUCCCUUUUCUUCCUGCAAGUAAUCUAUUCUUCCGAGUAGGAUUUGUUAUUGCAGAGAGAGUCAUCUACCUCCCCAGCAUUGGAUACUGUAUACUGUUUACAUAUGGAUUUAGUCUCUUGAGUAAGCAAGCCAAGAAAAAGAAAAUUCUUGCUGUGGCAGUACUUGGAAUCUUGUUGAUAAAUGUUAUGCGCUGUGCACUCCGCAGCAGUCAGUGGAGGUCAGAAGAACAGCUUUUUAGGAGUGCACUGUCUGUGUGCCCUCUGAAUGCAAAAGUGCACUACAAUGUUGGCAAAAACCUGGCUGACAAAGGAAAUCAAAGUGCUGCAAUCAAAUACUACAGAGAAGCUGUAAGGUUGAAUCCUAAAUACGUACAUGCGAUGAACAACCUUGGAAAUAUUCUGAAAGAAAGAAAUGAGCUCCAAGAAGCAGAGGAGUUACUAUCCUUAGCUGUACAAAUACAACCUGAUUUUGCUGCUGCAUGGAUGAAUCUAGGAAUAGUACAGAACAGUUUGAGAAGGUUUGAAGAGGCAGAGCAAAGCUACUGGACAGCAAUUAAACACAGGAAAAAAUAUCCAGAUUGUUACUACAAUUUAGGGCGCUUGUACGCAGAUUUGAAUCGCCAUAUAGAUGCCUUGAAUGCAUGGAGGAAUGCUACAGUUCUGAAACCUGAGCAUAGUUUGGCUUGGAACAAUAUGAUUAUAUUGCUUGAUAACACAGGCAAUCUAGCUCAAGCAGAAGCAGUUGGAAGAGAGGCCCUGGAAUUAAUACCUAAUGAUCAUUCCCUUAUGUUUUCAUUGGCAAAUGUACUGGGGAAAUCACAAAAAUAUAAGGAAUCUGAAGCUUUGUUCCUCAAGGCAAUUAAAGCCAAUCCAAAUGCUGCCAGUUAUCAUGGUAAUUUGGCUGUGCUUUAUCAUCGCUGGGGUAAUCUUGACUUGGCAAAGAAGCACUAUGAAGUCUCUCUGAAGCUUGAUCCUAUGGCACCCGGGACCAAGGAAAACUACAACCUCUUAAGACGAAGACUGGAGCAAUUGCAAAAGAAAGGCGGUGCCUGAUAUUUCUUUUCAGGUUGUCCGUGCAUGCUGUUUGUAAUUAAUGUUACAUGGGUACUUUUGACCAUGUAAAGGAUUCAGUCAUUAUUUCUCAAAAUAAUAACACCACCAGCAAUGCACACUUGAAUGUCCAAUUACGCCCUCCUACAGAUCUCAACAUUUCAGCUGCUGUUUGGGGGAUCGUUUUACUUUUACUCUUGAACUGCUUUUCAAGUCCCUUAGAAUGUUUUUAUAGGUAUACAAAAGCAAUGCAGAUGGAAUUUCACAGCUUUCCCUUGUAAUUUGAUAUCUUCAUCUGACUUUUUAGUAGCAGGAUAAAUAUCAGAAGGCAGUUUUAUUUCUGAAAGUGAUUCUAAAAAAGUGCAAUUUCCUGUUUAAAUCCUGAUCUUUUCAAGUAUGAAUAUCUGUCCACUUCAGUUUUAUUACUGCCUUCUACUGCCAGUCCUGCAGAGCCAGUGGAAGAAUGGAUUCCCUCCAGCACGUCAGUCUACUCUUGUAAUUUGAGUUAUUACUCUUGUAAUUUGAGUUGUUUCUGGCUCCACCCUUUGAAGUGUUGGAUUUGUACAGGAGUAAAUGAGGACAAGGAUUUGACCGUAAGUGUUUAUCAGCCAGUGUACUGCUGAGGCAGAGCACCUGACCUUGGCUGUUGAUGUAUUAACUGGAAGGAACGUGGUUCACCCUUGUCUCCCUUGGCUCAUGCAUGUACUGAAGCGGCAGUUAAAUAAGCAUAGCUGUUAAUGCAUAAACUGAGCACAUGGAUGUGGGAUGAUUCAGAGAUGGUACACAUUGAUACAAUGUCACUUUUCAAAAUAUGCGAUGCUUUAAUACAGGUUUAAACUCUGGCUGUCCAGAGGUGUUUGUCUUGCGCUAAUAUUUACAUUCCUGCUUUAGGAAGAAGUCACAUGUCUAUUUAUUUGUUGUGUUGUUUGUUUUUUAAGGUCAGAAUAUUGCUAGUGGAUGUGAAAACUAAGGAUCUUUAUCUCUCUUUUCAUAUUCCUUUAUCCUUUCCCCCUGACCCCCCUUCUAGGAAAAAAAAUUAUCAAUGCGGUAUUUGCAGUUUUCCUAAUUUGUCCAGUGAUUAUUGUACAGAGAUUGUGCAAUGUUCUCCAUACACAGCUCACUGAUGUGCAGAGCCCUUUCAAAGUAUAGAGGGAAUGCCUGCUGUAGGACAGGAUGUCGUGUGACCUUGCCAUCUGACCAUCAUGUAACCAUUCUAGAUCUAUACUGUGUUUUGAAUCUAGGCUACUUUUACAUUAUAAAUUUACCUGGGAAUGACAGGUGUUCUUGGAGGUUGUUUCAAGAACCAAGUUUAUCUACAGAGGACAUUGCGCUACUGCAGAGCUACCAAAGCAUCCUCUUGACAAAUCUACUUUGGGUACUACAAGUAGUGCAGCUACUUUAAUGUAAUAUUCUUAUUUGACUAACUAUAAAUCCAGCUAGCAAGGCUGUAGCAAUGUGGUGCUGUCCACAAAUUUGGCUUUGAACAAAUUAAUAUGCCUACGUUACACAGUGUGUUGCCCUGAUGAUUUUAGUUGAGGUACCAGAGGCGUGUAUUUGUGCUGCUGCAGUGCUCCUCUCCUGCUAACGCAGCCUGUUUCUCAGCAGGACUAAUUUGUUCAUAUAGGGUACUAAGUUGAUGCAAUUUCCAUUUCUUCUGGUUUCUCAAUAAAAUUGUCAGAAACUAGUUUCUCUACAUGUUUGCAGGAUAUAAACAUGCUCUUUGAUAAGUAUCUGCACUGAUUCAGCUGAAUGCUGCACCAGUAUAGCUAGUCAGCUUCUGGUAGCUGGGCUGGUUUAGUCAGUACCAACUUUUGUAUCUGAAACAUGCUUAAGUGGAUACACUCUUCAGUACAACCAAGCAGACAUUUAAGGCUUUCCGUACAUUCAUCAGAGAACACUUAGCUACUUCAGUCAUGAGGUAUUAAACAGCUGGGAUCUGGCUGGAUGAGCUAGCUUAUAGCAGAAGAUAAAUGUGUUUGAUAUAAUCAGGUCUUUUCUGUAUAUUUGGAGUAUGACAUACUGAGUUUAAAUUAUUAUUCUCAUCAUGAAGUUCAGAUGUGUAGUUUUCCCUCUUGCCUGCCGUACUAGUUUCACAGAAAUCCUCUAGAUCAAUAUUAUGUAUGGGGUGUGAAUUCCCUCUAGGUUGUUAUGAACCAAAGCUGUUGUAGGAAUUCCUCUGUGGAAGUCAGUUUGUCCUUCUAUUGGAACAGACAUGCCAACAAAUUGAAUGUUUUGUUGGUAUUUGAAAAUGGUCUUUUCAAUACAGACAACAUGAUUUCUUCUUGAUUAAUUUUCUGGCUACCUGUAUAUAUUUUUGUGAGCAUUUAUUUGUUUUUAUAUCAUUUUCAGUGCUAUAGAAAUUCAAUGUGAUUACUCGUAUGAUGCUAAUAAGACGGUAUACUUAUGUCCGAGCAUAAUGUUGAGGCAGAACUGGGUUCAAAAGAAACAACAAACAAGACUGCUUUUUAAAUAAAAAAUUCCUUAAGACUUUCAAGAAUGCUAAAUAUUUUUUUUAUUUUCAGAAAUAUUUUGAAGGUGCAAAUAAUACAGUGAGUUUUAUUAAAAUAGUUACAAUGUUAACCUUUUGUUUUGUUUUUUUCAUACCUCAUAACUGAUUCCUGGAACAGUGCAGAAUUCAGAACCUGGAAAGAGAGAAAGAUGAAGAAGUGGUUUUGUACAUAGUUGUUGUUAGAAACAUUGCCUGUCUUUCCAGCACGCUAGAUUUUUCCCCAUGUUACCUUUGCACCAUUGCUAAUUACAGAAGAUGGAAGUUUUCUUCUUAUCAGCCUAGCCUGCUUGGUUCUGCAGUGAAAUUAAGAAACCUGGAUACUUUUUUUUUCCGCCCAAAGAUUGCUUGUUCAAAUACAGGUCUGAGGAGGAAACUACAGAAUGAUUCAAUACGCAAAAUGGAGUCAGAAAACUAUUCACAGUGACUGCUAUAGAUGAUGGUAUCACCAAAAACUUCCAAGGGAGUUCCCCAAUUGUAUGUUUCUCUCAUGUUUAGACCAAUGCCAUGUACCCGAAGUUUCCUGUUAUUUAAUUUCAUACUUGGGAUUUUAACUUUAGAGAUGUGGGUUGUGUGUGUGUUUAUGAACACUGAGAAAUAAAAGUCUUCAAUACUUUUGAA